AUGUCCGCAAGUACGGCCAACACGACCCGUCCGAUUGUCUUCAUGGAUAUCAACAUCGGCGAAACUCCUGCGGGCCGUCUUAAAUUGGAGCUCUUCAGCGAUAUUGUCCCCAAGACCGCGGAGAACUUCCGCCAACUUUGUACAGGUGAAUACAGAGUGAAUGCGCGCGCGCAGGGCUACAAGGGCGCGACCUUCCACCGAGUCCCGAACUUCAUGUGCCAAGGUGGCGAUUUUCUAAAGCACGACGGAACCGGCUCGUUUUCCAUCUACGGCGACAAGUUCCCUGAUGAGAACUUCAAGGAGAAGCACACGGGACCAGGGCUGCUCUCCAUGGCGAACUCAGGGCCCAACACGAACGGGUGCCAGUUCUUCAUCACGACCGCAAAGUGCGACUUCCUCGACGGAAAGCACGUCGUGUUCGGUCGUGUGAUAGACGGGAUGCUCACGCUCCGCAAGAUCGAGAACGUUGCCACAGGGCCCAACAAUCGGCCCAAGCUCACAGUGAAGAUCGUCGAAUGUGGGGAGAUGUAA